CUCCACCUCCAACAAUGGCCAACGUCCUCCAACAAGUCUAUCGGCUGGCUUUUCCCGUGGCCCUCGGUGGCAUAGUCGUGCAAAAUUCCCUUUACGAUGUCAAGGGCGGUACGCGAGCCGUCAUCUUCGACCGAGUGUCUGGUGUGCAAGAGAAGGUCGUCAACGAAGGCACACAUUUCUUGAUCCCCUGGUUGCAGCGCGCAAUUGUUUACGAUGUCCGGACAAAGCCUCGUAACAUUUCCACCACGACAGGAAGUAAGGAUUUGCAGAUGGUUAGCUUGACGCUCCGUGUGCUGCACCGCCCGGAGGUGCCGAAGCUGCCUCAAAUCUACCAGUCAUACGGUACCGAUUACGAUGAGCGUGUCCUCCCCUCCAUCGGUAACGAAGUCCUGAAGGCAAUCGUGGCCCAGUUCGACGCCGCCGAACUCAUCACGCAGCGUGAAGCUGUCUCCAACCGCAUCCGUACCGACCUUAUGAAGCGUGCCGGACAAUUCAACAUCGCCCUCGAGGAUGUUUCCAUCACCCACAUGACCUUCGGAAAGGAGUUCACACGAGCCGUCGAGCAAAAGCAGAUCGCCCAGCAGGACGCCGAGCGGGCCCGUUUCAUUGUCGAGCGUGCCGAGCAGGAGCGCCAGGCUAACGUCAUCCGCGCUGAGGGUGAAGCGGAGAGUGCCGAAAUUAUCAGCAAGGCCGUAGCCAAGGCCGGUAAUGGUCUCAUCGAGAUUCGUCGCAUCGACGCCAGCAGAGAUAUCGCCCAGACCCUGUCCCAGAACCCUAACGUCACUUAUCUGCCCGGUGGAGAAGGAAAGGACGGUGGCAAGAGCACCAGCCUUCUGCUGGGUCUGCGGAGUUAAGGAGAUUAUAAGGAUGUUUCGGGGAUCAUGGGCCCCGUUUUCACAACUCAUUGAAUGUACCAAUUAAUCGCAAUCUUUGCCUCGACUUGGGGCCUGCCUGGCCUCAUGGCGCGACUGGAGUGGCUCGAUCUAGUCCACUUUCUGAUAUGUAGCAAUACCAAACCUCACUCCGACAAGCUCUGUUUAGAUGAUUCAAUCGUAU